GGCCAGCGGGUCGCCGUUUACAAGUUACAACAUCCUCACACAAAUAUGAAACCAGCAGCCUGUCAGUUUCUUGUCAGAAUCACCGAAUCUGCAACUCUUUCAUUACUUCCUUGCUCUCUGGCGCAGGAUGAUCCCUCAAUCGAGCACAGACACACAAUUCAACCGUCACGCGCUCCUAUUUGCUGCCAGCAUGAUCAUCUCCCCAUCUGUCACAGCAUGCAUCCAACUCUGGACUAGCUCUGAGCAAUGGCCUGACGACUCUUACACCGUUUUUGCUUCGUGGAAUUUACAACUGUUCCCUUUCUUCGAGAUCAUUCCGACGACCUCAAUUUCCGGCAGGCUGGUGGAAGUGCUUGCAACCGCAAUGCUUCCCUUCUCCCCGCCAAAGGCUGCUCUGGGGUAUCGUUUUCUCCACCUACAUCUCGCACCCAAGCCCAGUCGUCGCGUAAAUCGCUCCUAGCCUUGAUAAAGGCUGACGCCUGACGCUCUGGCCUUUCUCCUCGCCCGUGAAUUACAAUCC